AUCAAUUUUAAACUAAUUUUGGAAGCGAUAACAGAUACAUAAUUUCCCUAUAUCAUAACGCAUUUCGUCCGCGUCCGCCAUUACUGUUGACGGAGCCACGCAGUAUGACCAACCUUGCUUUUUUUCCCCGAAACAAGAGACACCUGUUUCCGACGAAACGGGCGGAAACGCGUUCCCCUUGUCACCGGAAACGGAAAUGGAAUCUGAAGUUGUUCAAAGGAUUGGGAUUUUCACUGAUUUUCCUUUUGUAUUUACCGUCAGUACUGUCAUGGAUGGUGAUGCGUUUGGUACGUGCGACGGUUGUUCUUUAACAACGGAAGAGUUUUAUCGAAUCGUUACGAAUCGUAGUCUACUUUUAAAAUUUUUAGAAAGACACGGUGUCAUUUCCCGUUAUUCAAAAUGUGGUAGGUGUGAGAGCCGCUUAAGUGUUAAUCGAGACGGGAAAAAACUUGUAUUCCGGUGCAGAAAGAAGGUGACUGUUAAGAAGAAGAAGAAAAAGUGUUGUAAUUACAAAGCUAGUAUUUUUAAAAAUACUUACUUUGAAAACAGCAAUUGGACUGUUAAAAAAGUGUUGAUUGCCGCCUGGCAUUGGCUAACACGCGAUCCUCCGCGGCAAAAUUUUAUCCGCAAGGAAACGAAAGGUAGCAAAGCAACAGUCGUGGAUUGGGCUAGUUUUAAUAGAGAAGUGUUAUUAGAUUGGUGUGAUCGGAAUAGUGCUAAAGAUUUGAUCGGAGGCCCCGGGGAAGAAGUUGAGAUUGAUGAAGAGAAGUUUGGUAAGCGAAAGUACAACCGCGGGAGGAGAGUGAAGGGACAGUGGGUUUUUGGUGGCACUUUACGGAGCGAUCCAAAAGUGAUUUUCCUCGAGCCAGUAGAGCGUCGAGAUAAAGAGACUCUUUUAGAAAUUAUUCAAAGAAGAAUCAAGCCCGGUACCUGUAUUUUAUCCGAUUGUUGGAAAUCAUACGAUUGUUUAUGGGACGAAGGUUACACCCAUUUCACUGUUAACCACACCUACAGCUUCGUGGACCCCGAAACCGGCGCUCACACGCAACACAUCGAACGCGCCUGGCGUGAGGUCCGAGCUCGUAUUCCUAGGUACGGACGUAAAGACGCCCAUUUCGUAGGGUAUCUGGCAGAAUUUAUGUUUAAGAGAAGUUUCCCUGAUCACACUGUGCGUUUACAUGAAUUUUUGAAGGCAGCUGCAAACUUGUAUCCUCCGAUUAGACCGUCCACGUGAAAGUGAGUCAUAUUACUUCAAAUUCAAAUUUUUUAAUUUACUAAGUUUUUCCAUUGUUACUACAAGACCUGACAGAUCCUGCCCCACAAGCCUGAGUGGCGUAAGGCAUCCCUCGGGAGGUUAGGUUAGGUUAGGUUAAUGAUUAC